AUGAAGGCCGCAGCAGUCCUGUCCGCCUGCACAAUGGUGUGGUCUUCUCUUCUUCUGCUCCCAUUGGGAGUGUCGUUGUCCAUACAGAGUCCCCUUUUAUCUGAGAGACAAUCAGCGACGAUUAAUGUUCCUGCAACGGUCCCAAAUACUGCAUCCGAUGUGGUUGAUCAUGGAUAUCCAGGCUUCGCGAUAUCUGGCCAUUCAUUCCAAGAGUACGCGGGCAAUAUUUCCGUACCAAACAUAUUUUCGCGAAAUUUGAUCCAAACUAUCUCAGACCGGACGGGUGCUCCGGUUCAGAUCCGAGUUGGCGGUACAUCGGCUGAUUUUGCCGUGUACGAUCCAAAUCAACGAACUGCUCUUACCCUGCCCUCGAAUGCUGUGCCUGGAGGUAUCCCAAAAGGGAUGCGACUUGGGACUGCAUGGUUUGAGGGGUUUGCCAGUUUCCCUGGCGUGCAAUGGACAUACAUGGUGAAGCUGGCAAACUUCUCUGCCAAGCAAAAUGCCGUCGCGGGCGCAAGAGAGGCUAUGAAAUACAUUGGCGACAAUCUUGAGGCGCUUGAAGUUGGCAACGAGAUUGAUUUCUACCCGAACGUUAACAGGCCAGGCACGUACAAUCCAGUUGCAUAUUUGAAGGAGUGGAACGAGUACAAGGAUGCUCUCACCACAGCCAUUGGUAUGAAAAAGUACCAAGCUCCUGUCUACUAUGGCAACAACUGCCCUUGGUGUAUCGCGAACACGUUCGAAAAGGGCCAAGGAGAUGCCACCACUAUCCGAUCUGCAGCGUUGCAUCACUACAUGGAAAGCACCAACAACCCUUCAAUAACCCUACAGAAGAACUACAUGAAUCACACGCGCAUUGCGCAGAAGCUCGAUCCAUACAAGGCACCUGUCGCCUGGCUGAAGACCAACCGCCCCAGGAUCCCCAUCUAUCUCGCCGAGGUGAACAGCAACACUUUCAGCAGCGACAACGAGGCAACACUCGGCGUAUUUGGAUCUGCCUUGUGGCUGGUGGAUUACAUGUUGUACGGGAUGACGCUCAAUUUCAAGCGUAUGAACGUCCAGCAAUCUACUGGCUUUGCGUAUACAUCUUGGAGAGGCGUGGAAUACUUUGGCAAGCCCGCCGCUGUACUACCACCUUACUACGCCCACCCAUUUGUCGCAGAUGUGAUUGGGAACUCUGGCGAUAUCCGUAUCGCGGAUCUCAAGCUCGGUCAGGACCUCCUGUCCGCGUACGCAAUCUACAACAGCGCCGGCAGGAUUACCAAGAUCGUACUGAUCAACCUGCAAGAAUGGAGCGCUUCCUCCAACACCAUUCGUCCUUCAAGGACCGUCAAUUUCAAAGCUGGCACCUACUCUGGUAAUGUCAAGGUUGAGAAGUUGACUGCUGCUGGAGGAGCAAACGUGCAAGAUGCAAGUAAGAUUUCGUGGAAAGGCGAUAGCUGGACCUUCCAGAGUAAUGGACGGCCUGUGAAGACUGCGUCUACUACGCAGACAAUUCGAGCUUCCAAUGGUGUUAUGACCACCACUGUGCGGGCCAGCGAGGCCUUGCUGUUGACUUUGGCGUAA